UGUUUGAUGGUUGUUUUUUUCCUAGUCCCAAGUUCUGGAUUUCUCAAGCCCUUUAAUGCUACAAUUAGCAAAGGAACACAAGCCUGUGUCCAUUUUCUAGGCUGCUCCUUAGGGUUUUAACAUCUGAAGUUUCUUUAUUAUUUGCUAGAAGAUUUAGUCAAUAGUAAAAAGAGUUUUCUAAUUUUCCUGUAGAAGCUUCUAGUGACUGUGUAAAUGGAUUAUCAGUCUCUUUUCCAUACAUUAGGUAGAAGCUUUUAUGUUUGAUAAACUCGUUUAGUAAACCACAGACAGUUCUUCCCUUCUAGCUUCUCUUCCUUAGCUUUCAGCACUUUUUGUAGAGGGCCUGAGGUUUUAUUAUUAACGCCACAUGAAUAGAGAAACUGAGGCACAGAGAACCAAUACACCAAAAGGAACAGCAGAGCACAAAUUAAGCCUGUGGGUUAACUGCAGUGGUUUUUUUGUAUCAUUCUUAAGGGUGAUUCAGCUAGCCCAGGUUAGUUAAGACUUGCAUCAGCUUGUCUGGUAGCCAUUCACAGAUCUCUGUAAAAUUAUCUGAUGGCCUGUAGCCAGGCUUAUCUCAAACUGAAUAGGCUUUCCUCUCAAUCUUCUCUGCUACUCUGAAAAGCCGGCUCCUCCCAAGCAAAUCUCCUUGCACAUGCAUAUUUACUGCAGAUAGUGUUAAAAAAACCCCAAAAAUCAACCAAGAAAACAAAAACAACAACAAAAACCCCGGCAACCACAAAAGCCUGGUGUCGUUGUGGUCUCAGCCCAAGCCCAUCAGCAGGCCUGCGGUAUCUGGAAGCUGUGGGCAGGCUGAUGAUAGCCACUGUAGGACAGCUGCAAUAGCUGUGCCCAGUGCCAGGCUGCUCCUAAUCUCCCCAGUGCCUCUCUCUGCUAAUCUGCAGCUGCACGCUGCCUCGGCUGUGCUGGGAAGUGCCUCGGGCUGUGUACAAGCCUGGGACUUCCCUGGGCUGAGCACAGACCGGUCUGCAACUAAAUCUACACAGAAGCAGUUCCUCCAGGGCCAGGUUUGGGAUAAAAUCAGACUUAGAGGUUCACAGAAAGGCAGAUGGGAAGGAGAGGGAAAAGAAACCCAAGCCCACAUCUUCUUCACGAAGCAUCUCAGCUACCUGGUGUCAUGUGCCAGAAUUUUUAAGGCUCUAUGAGGAAGUGCUUCAGAGGAGGCACAUGAUUCUAGGGAGCUAUUUUCAGCGAGAGGAAAAACGCCUAUUGACUGAUUGCAUAUUUCUUUUACUUCCCUUUUCCCCCUUUCCUUGUGAGAUGUGCUCAGUGAAUAUAUUUAUUGCUGAAAUUAUUUUGUCAAAUUUUCUGGACAGUGAAUUAGCACCUUCAGCCUAUUCCUAAGCUGAUCUUUCAAAUUCACAUUAAUUUAUAGCAUAUUUUUAUUAAUGUAUAUUUUUAUAAAUUAAUAUAAAUGUAUAUUUUUAUAUUGUAUUUAUUUAGUAUUUGAUAUUGACAAUGUUGCAAUGGAACAAAACAUUUUGUGUCUUGCUGGGUAAACUGAAUGGCUUAGAGAAUACUUAUCUUUUGGAAAAUGAUAAAAUGAUUGUGUUUUAAGGAAACAAAAUGAAUCUACCUGCAUUUGAAGUCUUCCUUUUAUUUUUCCCUACUCAGUAUGCUCAUAGCAUGGCAGAGGGUGAUGGAAGUUUGCUCUCUAUUUUUUUACAAUGCACUUCUGGUGCUGAACUCUGUGUUAGGAGCAGUUGUCUGUUCCUUCAUUGGCUGGUGGGAGAAGUGGAAGUCAUCAAGUGGAGGGGAAGCCUGGAACAAGCUGAUUUUUCUUCUGGAACCGUAUGGAAGCUCAGAAAUCGCUUAUCUCUAGCAACCCAUAAAGUAGUUGAGUAGUUACAUUCAGUGAGUCAAGCCCUUCCACUGUCACCAUUUUAUGCUAAAUAGUUUAAGGUGCUCUCCUAAUUAUAGUUCCUUUCCUCAUCCUUAAAAGGAAUGCUUACAAGGCAGUAACAGUCAUUUGAUAUGUCAUAAAACUUCUCUAGGCUUCUAGAAGUCAUUUUACCCUGGGUUUCUGCUGCUCAGUGAUAUUGGUCCUGGUUAUCAGCAGCCAAACACGACUGUGCUGUGUUUUGUUCUGCCUCACAUCGUUUCCUUUAGCACAGGCAGAUGUUUCACUCAGUGAAGGUUACAGUUCACUUCAGAGAGCUUCAGUGAAACGGGUUUUUCACCUCUAGCAAUUUCCUGGCAAGUUCUGAAGUACAUCUGAGAUAUAGGAAAUCAGGAAAUAUUAGAAAUGCUGCAUGUCUUAAUGUCAGGAAAUGAAGAGAGAGAGAGGGAGAGAGAAAGAGCAUCUGUGCAAGUUAGUCACAAGUUAGUUCUUCAAGUUUUGGCUAAAAAUGAUGGAUUCCUAUAAGUAUUUAAGGUCCAGGCAUCACUGAGAGUACAGUGUUAUUUUUUAUGUUACAAAGUAUUUUUUGUUCCUGCUCCUGUUCCCCUCCUUCAUGCAGUCACAUCAGGAAUGAUGCUUGUUAGUGAGCUGGAGUUUGCCUUGCAAUGAAGUGCAUGUUGUGAUUAUAGGAGUCUCCUGCUCACAAGUUGUUACCAUUUUUAUUAUGGGUGUUGUCCUCUAUGACUCAUAUGAUGCCAAAAUUUAAAUUAUGUGGCAGAAGCACAUGUGCUUAAUAAAUUAAGAUCACUCACUUUGGGCUAUCAUCUCUACAUAUGCACAUGUAUUUGUAUAUAUAUUAUAUCUAAUAUUAAAAAAUGCAACACAAACGGAAUAUGCACACAUAUUCAUGCACCACACUGCUGCACAGAGAACUGGGAAGGGGUGCAUGUGACAGUGCUGCUUUCCAAGGCACUCAGUGGUGCACCUGUGCUGCUGUACCUGCAGCCAGGCAGGGAAGAGGCCCUUGGCUCCUGGUGCAGCGCCUGGGGCUGGCUACUCCCCUGGCUGGCUGAGUGACAGUCCCUGGGGUAUAAAAGGGCCCCUGGGCCGGGCUGUGCUGGGUGUAGCUGAUAGAGCAGCGGGCUGAGGGCUUCUUCUGGGCAGCUGGAGAGCCUGGGCGAGGCUGUAGCCACCGACAGGUCUGAGCUACACAAAAUGCGUGAAAUCGUGCACCUGCAGAUUGGCCAGUGUGGGAACCAAAUCGGAUCCAAGGUAAGGUCUCUUUUCAUCACUCAUUAUUACCAGGGGAUCAGAGGCAGCAGGUCAGACAUCAUCAAUGGAUGGGGAUUUUGGGGAGGACAAUUUCCUUGUAAUCAGUGGUGGGAAGCAUGGCAUGUUAGCAGGGAAGAUGAGUAUUUUGGUAUGAAAGACAAAAGCUGGAUUUGCUCCUCAUGCAAAAUUAAAUGUUCAUUUGCAAUAACCAUGCCCCAGUGAUUACAGGUGCACCAGAGCAUUCCUGAUGGGAUUCCUGUUCCCAGGGGGAACUCACAUACUCUGCAAGAUACUGGGGCAAGAGACAGAGCCAGUAAUUCCAGGGCUGUGAAGUUGUGUUGCUGGUACUUUAGUUAAAACAUGCAGCAGCUCUGCCUCAUUUUAUUCUUCAAUAUCACAGAAUCAUACAAUGUUUUAGGUUGGAAGGGGUCUUAAAGAUCAUAUUAAUCAACAGCAUAACCUGUGUUAACAGUGUAGAGUGACACAAAGUGUCACUGGCCUCCUGUAGACACAGGUGUCCCUUGGAGUAUUUUUGUGUAGCUCAAACACUGGCAUGCUGUGACAUAGGGAGUAGUCAGUAUUGCUGACUUUCUGGGCUAGGAGUAAAAUUGCCCCUCAAUUACUAUGCUGUGUCCAUCCUUCUUUUUUUUUUUUUUUUUUUUUUUUUUUUUCCAAUUGAGAAGUCAGAAGUUGUCCAAAGAGUAUCUAUUUUGGGCUGGGAGGUCUUUUAAGACAUGAGAUAGUUUAGGGAUUGUUCUGCUGUGUUCUUCCUCCCUUCUCCCACUCCUAACCUUGAUUCUGUUUAAUGGAACAUGAAGCAUGGAACAUGCACCUAUUGACAGUGGCGUAUUUGUACACUCAAAAUGGGACUGGAUGCUAACUCAGGAGAUCUUUAAUAUUAGAAUAGCCUGGCCCUUGCAGUGGGUGGGUGUGUCUGCAUGAACACUGCUGUGGCUGCUGCCCAGAUAAGAGCCCAGCACAAGAGCAUAUCCAUAUGAGUGUCAAGAUAGGACAUUUAGGACCAGCAGCUGUUUGUGGAAAGCCUUGCUCAUGUACAAAUUUGCCCGUGCCAGCUUUGUCAUGCCAUGGUCCCACUUGUGCAUGACAGGACUCAAAGCAACUCUCCGUAAUCCACACCCUCACAACAUUUUUGUUAAGCUCAUACUGAGAAGUAACUGUUAUUUAAAAUUUUAAGCUAACAUCAAUUUUCUUUUAUUAUAAAGAGAACUCUACCUAUUAGUGCAUGGGUCAUAGCUAAGCAGCAUAAAUGGUCUGCUAAACUUUUCCCUCAAAAUUUAUUUGGGAGCGGUAGAGACGGAUCCCUGUUCUGAUCUGUUCUGGGAGGUGCUUGGUGAGGAACAUGGGAUUGACAUCACUGGGAACUACCGUGGGGAUUCACCACUGCAGUUGGAGAGAAUUAACGUGUACUUCAAUGAGGCUUAUUCCCAUAAAUACGUGCCCCGUUCCAUCCUGGUGGACCUGGAGCCUGGGACGAUGGACAGUGUUCGGUCCAGCAGAAUCGGGCCCCUCUUUCGACCUGACAACUUUAUCCAUGGUAAUUCAGGUGCUGGCAACAACUGGGCCAAGGGCCAUUACACAGAAGGUGCUGAACUGAUUGAAAACGUCAUGGAUGUGGUCAGGAAUGAGUGUGAGAGCUGUGACUGCCUUCAGGGGUUCCAGCUCAUCCAUUCCCUUGGUGGUGGCACAGGCUCAGGCAUGGGGACGCUCCUCAUCAACAAGAUCAGAGAGGAAUAUCCCGACAGGAUCAUGAACACCUUCAGUGUUGUGCCCUCACCCAAGGUGUCCGACACCGUGGUGGAGCCGUACAACGCCAUCCUCUCCAUCCACCAGCUGAUAGAGAACACGGAUGAAACCUUCUGCAUUGACAACGAAGCUCUGUAUGAUAUAUGCUUCAGGACAUUAAAGCUCACCAAUCCCACCUACGGGGACCUCAACCACUUGGUGUCCCUAACGAUGAGCGGCGUCACCACCUCGCUGCGUUUCCCCGGCCAGCUGAACGCGGAUCUGCGGAAGCUGGCGGUGAACAUGGUGCCCUUUCCUCGCCUGCACUUCUUCAUGCCCGGCUUCGCCCCGCUGACAGCUCGGGGCAGCCAGCAGUACCGGGCCCUGACGGUGCCAGAGCUCACCCAGCAGAUGUUCGAUGCCCGGAACAUGAUGGCAGCCUGCGACCCCCGCCGCGGGCGCUACCUCACCGUCGCCUGCAUCUUCAGGGGCAGAAUGUCCACCAGGGAAGUGGACGAGCAGCUGCUCUCUAUCCAGACCAAGAACAGCUCCUACUUUGUGGAGUGGAUCCCUAACAACGUCAAAGUGGCCGUGUGUGACAUCCCGCCAAGAGGGCUGAAGAUGGCAGCCACGUUUAUUGGCAAUAACACGGCCAUCCAGGAGCUCUUCAUCAGGGUGUCCGAACAGUUCUCGGCCAUGUUCAGAAGGAAAGCCUUUCUCCACUGGUACACGGGGGAAGGCAUGGAUGAGAUGGAGUUUUCUGAAGCAGAAGGUAACACCAAUGACCUUGUGUCUGAGUAUCAACAGUACCAGGAUGCCACUGCAGAUGUGGAGGAAUUUGAAGAGGUAGAAGUGGAGGCAGAAGCCAAGCCAGAAAAGGAAGCAGAGUAAAAAGUAACAAAACAUUUUCCGAAUGAGUCUGUUCACAUUCACUAAAGACAAAGCAAAAGCCAUCAUCUGCAUUCCCAAAAUAUCACUUUUCUUCAGAACUUUUUCUCUGCAUCUGACCAAGUAUAUCUGAUAUUACAACAUAGUGUUUUUGACAUUAAUGGCAGCUCUGCUUUACUGUCUUAAAGAACUGUUGAGAUCUAAUCUCUCCUAAAACCGAUCUACUCUGAAGACACGUUAUCUCAUACCAGCCUCUCCUGUAAAUGGACUCACUUUUAGAAUAUAAUCACCAGAUACUGAAUGUACUAUACAGCCACUGUGCCUGUGUAUAUAGACCAGGAUCAUAAGCAAAACAGCUGUCAGCUCAUCACAUUUAUUUAUUCUCAGGUAAACACAGUCCCAGCUGAUUGUGAACUUGUUACUGUUUUAGGAACAUGUGCACAUAUCUGAGGCCUCCAAAGGCAGUGACUCUUAUCAUGCCAUGGACUGAUGUAGAUCUGCAGAAACGGGGAAAAUGACUGAAUAUGCACGUUCUUAUUUUAUAAGUUAUCAUUCUAUCACAUUGCUGGCUUCUAUUAUUGCAGAGCUUGUAUUCAUUAUCAUGGUGUGGUUUGUUUCUAUUUCUAACUACAGGUUGAGUUACAUUAGCACACUAAGUUGUGACAUUGUGUAAAAGUUUUGGUGUGGUAUUUUUUUUCCUAGGUACUAACUACUGUAAAUUUUUUUCCUAACAUUCAGUCCAACAAAAAUGACAUAGAAUGGUUUGUAGUUUGUUAAUAUAAAUUCCAUGGCAGUCACUAAAACAAAAUCUUAUUUUGCCUUCAGUGAAAAAAAUUUCUUGACAUCGCAGCUGCCUACCUAAUGUGUUUAUAAUAUUCUUUUAAAUAAAGAUUAUAUACCAUUCUA